CAGUAGAUGCACUUGCAAAAAGCCUUCGUGAGCUUAUAAAUAAAAGUUCGGAUCCAACAAGAGUACAGAAAGCUAGUGAUCUUUUAAAGGCGAGAGGUGUGACGCUUUUAGCUGGUCCUCUGACAGAUCUUUUAGAUUGUUAUGGGAACGCUAUCGACAAACUAUGGCUUACUGUUGAAAACAAGAAACCAAUUCUUAAAGAAAGAAACGUGAACGAAGGAACAAAUUGUAUACAGUUGGUUUCUUGUAAAGGUAUCCAUAUUAAUAGUGUUGGGAAUAAAAGAAAUUACGAGAAUGAAAAUCCAGAGACACCAGAGGUCCCAGCGAAAAAAAUAUCGGUUGGCAACGACGGUUCCUUCUCGGAAAAUAAUAAACAUGAAAAGCAUCACGAGGAAGAUGAAGAAAUAAUUUCAUCAGAGAGUCCGAUCGUUAAGAAACUUAUAAGUAUUAGCGGAAUUGCACGAUAUAGAAUUGUCUUCUUGGCCGAGGAAAAUAAUAGUAGCCCGAUUAAAUUAGCUUUUAAAGAGGAGGAAUGGUUAAAACUUGAAAUGGAAUGGCAAAACAUUGAGGAGAUGGUUGUACCUGUAAGUAAUGGAAUGGAUACAGAUCAGGAGAAUUUAUUAAAAAAAUAUGAUGAUGCGAUCAAAAAGGCUACAAUUGGAUACAGCGUCAACUUGAGCGAAAUCGUCGGCGUCUUCAACGAGUGUACGCUUAUCAAUCGGAAUUACUAUGUGUUUUAUAAGGAGUGGCCGUUACAAUGGAUACAAUCCAUUUACAAUGCAUUUCUCGCAAUUAAUCCACUCCAUGACAGCGAUUUAUCAGAAUACGCAUAUAGGGAUAAAAUCGUAAAUCCUCUAAUAGAAAAUGUUUUUCUGGAAAUAAAUGAAGUGAUUCGUAUGAAAACAGGCGAGGUCGAAAAUUUAGACCGCAAAGUUCAGAAGGAUUCAAAUAGAUUACCAGGGGUACGUCGUGCCACUGGUUGGGAGCACGAUGCUUUAUUAAUAAUGAAAGUGAAGAGCAUCGAAUAUCAAAUAGGAUUUGGUGAGGUUGUAGGAAACGCUUGCGAACAUGAUGACGCAAAAAUGGAGCGAGAUAGAGAAAAAAUUCUUAAGUCAAAGCGAGAACAUGGAGUGGAUGAAAAUGAUUUUAACAAUGCCGAAACAUUAGGGAUUCUUGUGUAUAAAAACAAUUUUUAUUUUUACUCAAUGCACUAUUCUGGUGGUUUAUAUCUGACAGACAAAUUCGAUGAAUUUGCGAUACCCACUAGCGCCAGUCAAUUGUCAUCGUGUUGUAAAUCUUCACCGCAACGUGCAAAAUUUGUUCAAUGGGAAACGGCAAUUCAGACAGAAAUCUCGACAUUGUAG